GACACGCCGAUCUGCACAACUUGCUCAACCGUCCGCAUUUCCCACCCUUCCAAACCCCCCCCACCAAACAGCCCGCAAGCCCAACUGUUCCCAAAACACAACAAAAUAUGUCCCUCAACGGAGCCAUAUUUUCCCCAGACGGAACCCCCGUCCUCGUCGCGGGCGAGAAACUCUUCCUCAACCAAGGGGGUGUGAUGCUCGAGUAUGAGAGUGGAAACGGCUACCCCGGCCAGGGCAACAACUUCUACUCGCAAAAAGGGACACUGUUCCUCACAAAUCGACGCGUGAUAUAUGUCUCGGUGCCGCAGAUGGAUUUCUUCCAGAAUUUGAAUGUCCCACUGGAUUGUCUGAAGGAAGGCAAAUUCCAACAACCCUGGCUACAAUCCAACUACUACGAAGCAACCGUCCAACCAAUCCCCAACGGCGGGCUAACACUCCCCGGGCGGGCAAAAUUCUCGUUCAAGGAGGGGGGCGGAUUCGAGUUCUCGAGCAUGUUUAUGCAGCUACGUUCGCGGCUCACUGGCGACACACUCCCCCACGAAGAAUCCCUGCCCAUGUACACGCCCGUCGCCAACGCGGCACCGUCUGGAUCAGCAUCGGCGAGUAACGCGGCGCCUGUGUUUCCGGUCCCGUUGCCGCCGGCGUUUUCUGAGAGGGGGGCCGAGGGAGCACAUCCUGGGACUGCGGGUGGCGCGGGUGGCGCGGAGGGAAGAGUUGGAGAGGGGGAGCAACCGCCGGCGUAUCCGUGAGACAUGCAACCCGCUUUCAAAGAACCAAGAUAUGGUGGGGGUUGGGGCCAAAGUGUGCGCAGAAGGUUUUUGAGGCCGCCCGUUUUUCCGUUUUGUUUGGCAUUCCCACAUUCGUCAUGCUUCACAAUGGGCUCACUUUGGGGCCUUCCAACCCCGACCUUCACAUUACACCAGCAUACAGCAAAAUAGCUUGUAGAAAUCUCUUUUAGUGCAUAGGUUCGUGUGCGAUGAAAAUGGAACUUUUGAUAAAUAU